UCAUCAACUCUCAACACUUCUCCUCUUUCACUUAUCUCUCUAUCUGCUUCCACUACUUGCCUAAAAUGUCUCCUGAAGCUUGCGUUCUGUUCUUUAACUCUCUUAACCUGGUCACCUUCGAGACCUUUGCUUGUCUAUCUCUUUUCAUAGCCACGGUUGCUAUCUUUCUCUCCCCAGGUGGACUCGCAUGGGCCUGGACCAGGUCUUCCAAGACCACCAGUGUUUCGAUUCCUGGUCCAUCUGGUUCUCUUUCCAUCUUCUCCGGUUCCAACCCUCACCGCGUUCUCGCCGCGCUUGCCAAACGCUUCAAGGCCUCUCCUCUGAUGGCGUUCUCCGUUGGGUUUUCUCGUUUUGUCAUCUCAAGUGAACCGGAGACGGCUAAAGAGAUUCUGAACAGCUCUGCUUUCGCUGACCGCCCGGUUAAGGAGUCGGCUUACGAGCUUCUCUUCCACCGUGCCAUGGGGUUCGCGCCGUAUGGUGAGUACUGGAGGAAUCUUAGGAGAAUCUCUUCAACGCAUCUUUUCAGCCCGAGGAGGAUAGCGAGUUUCGAAGGUGUUAGGGUUGGGAUCGGUAUGAAGAUGGUGAAGAAGAUUAAGAACGUAGCUGAGGGUGGUGAAGUUGAAGUGAAGAAAGUGAUUCACUUCGGUUCGUUGAAUAAUGUAAUGACUACUGUUUUUGGUGAGAGCUACGAUUUUGAUGAAGUUAAUGGGGAUGGAUGUUUUCUUGAGAGGCUGGUGAGUGAAGGUUAUGAGUUGCUUGGGAUAUUUAACUGGAGUGAUCACUUUGGUGUUCUUCGUUGGUUUGACUUCCAAGGAGUGAGGAAGAGGUGUAGAGCUUUGGUCUCCGAAGUCAACACUUUUGUCGGUGGAAUAAUAGAGAAGCACAAAAUGAAGAGGAACAACAAUCUCAAUGGAGAGGAGAGUGACUUCGUUGAUGUCUUGCUUGGCUUGCAAAAGGAUGAAAAGUUGUCUGAUUCCGACAUGAUUGCUGUUCUUUGGGAGAUGAUAUUUAGAGGAACAGACACAGUUGCGAUUCUAGUGGAAUGGGUGCUUGCAAGAAUGGUAUUGCAUCAAGACAUCCAAGCAGAACUCUACAAAGAGAUAGCUUCCGUUACAAGUAACAACACCAGGUCCUUGUCUGAUUCCGACAUCCCAAAGCUUCCGUACCUUCAAGCUGUAGUCAAAGAAACCCUGAGGGUUCACCCACCUGGCCCCCUUCUCUCGUGGGCCAGGCUCGCUAUCCACGAUGUCCACGUUGGUCCCAACCUUGUCCCUGCUGGAACGAUUGCUAUGGUCAACAUGUGGUCCAUCACACAUGACGCCAAAAUCUGGACCGACCCUGAAGAGUUUAGGCCUAAGAGGUUUAUUGAUGGUGAAGAUGUGAGCAUCAUGGGUUCGGAUCUUAGGUUGGCUCCAUUCGGUUCGGGUCGUCGGGUUUGCCCGGGUAAAGCAAUGGGUCUAGCCACUGUUCAUCUCUGGGUUGCUCAAAUGAUUCAGAAUUUCGAGUGGGUUAAGGGUUCGUGUGAUGUUGACCUAACUGAGGUUCUCAAGCUGUCCAUGGAGAUGAAGAAGCCGUUGAAGUGCAAAGCUGUUCCGAGAAAUGUUUGUUUUUAA